GUGCCCUCUUUUGAGAAACCAAGUUAUUCUUUACAAGUUGUGUCGUCUGCAAAUACUGCAAUAAUAUCUACAUUUGACAGUGAUUACUUGCCGUUACUUCAAACUCCCAUCACAUGAGGAUACACCAAAGAUGACUUCUUCAACAGACUUGACCAUGAACAAAAGCGAAGCAGAUUACGAGUUACUUUUUACCACAAAAGUUAACGGCGUAAUACCUGUCCACAAAUACAAGUCGAAGAAAUCUGCACUCAAAGUAAUCAUUGCAGAGGUUGAUGGCCCAGUAGUGAAUGGAUACUUUGUUUUAGCCACAGAGGCUCAUGACGAUGAUGGUCUUCCUCAUACAUUGGAACACCUCAUUUUUCUUGGAUCGGAAUCGUAUCCCUACAAGGGUAUGCUGGAUAUUCUUGCUAACCGCUGCUUGGCUUCUGGAACAAAUGCUUGGACCGAUGUUGAUCAUACCUGUUAUACUAUGACAACAGCUGGUAGUGAAGGAUUUUUGGCCCUCUUACCUAUUUAUGUUGAUCACAUCCUUAAUCCAUUACUUACUGAUGCUGGGUUCAUUACUGAAGUACACCAUGUAAAUGGUGAAGCUGAAGAUUCAGGUGUGGUAUACUGUGAAAUGCAAGGCUGUGAAAACACUGGUGAAACCCUAAUUCAUAAUGCUAUGCUGAAGGCCAUGUACCCUGGCCAUUGUGGGUACAAAUCAGUCACUGGUGGUCUUCUGAAAAAUCUCAGGGAAAGUACAACCAAUGAAAAGGUUCGCAAUUACCACAAAUCUUAUUACAGAACAGAAAACUUGGUACUCAUCAUCACUGGACGCGUGGAAGCAUCCCAAGUAUUUCAGGCUUUAAAGCCUGUUGAAGAUACUAUAGUCGCAAAAAGCAAGAAGACCCAGAUUCCAUUCAGUCGCCCGUGGCAAAACCCAGUUCCACCACUCAUGGAAUCUAUCGACCAACUAAUUGCUUACCCUUGUGAGGAGGAAGAAAAGGGCAUGGUAUGGCUAGCAUGGAGAGGUCCGUCCUGUGUAUACCAGCUUUACGAGACGUGCGCGCUGAUGAUGCUUAUGGAAUAUCUAACUGACACAGCCGUCAGUCUAUUGCAAAAGACUUAUGUGGAAACAACCGACCCGUUGGCAAGCAAAGUGGGCUAUUCUUUCAUCGAGAACUCAGAAUCAGUUGUCUACUUAGCAUUCGAGAACGUGCCUGUCAAUAAGUUGGGCGAAAUUCAGCCCAAGUUUUUUAGCGUUAUGGAACCGUAUGGGAACGGCGGUAAGCCUUUAGACAUGGACCGGAUGCAACUGGUGAUUCGAAGAAGGAUGUUAGAGCAACUGAGUCAUCUGGAGAACAACCCUCAUGACACUGUAGCUUUUAUGGCCGUUGGUGACAUUCUCUAUGGUCGGAGCCAUGAAGAUUUCAGACGUCGAGUAAAUCCGAUGGAAGAUCUGAGAGCUUUGACAAAAGAGAGUCCUUGCUUUUGGAACGACUUGAUCCUGCGAUACAUGCUCGGUCGGCCGUGUGUUUUGACUCAGGGCAUGCCUUCCAAGAAAGAAAUGGAAGCUUAUACUACUCAGGAAUUAGAACGUCUAGAAGGACAAAGAAGUAGUCUUGGGACUCAGGGAUUAACCGUUAAGGCAGAAGAACUCUCUGCCGCUCUGGAGCACAAUGAUCGCCAAGCUCCUGUGGAUCUCAUCAUGUCUGUCCCUAUUCCGGACAUUAAUUCUAUCAGUUAUCAUUCAAUUCAACGAUAUUGUAAUCGCGGAGAAUCGUUGGGAUGUAGCAGCUUCCCUGGAGAUCUUGAGCGAAUUCCUGUCCGAUUCCAGCUGGACGAUGUUAAAACUCAAUUCGUUUACCUGUACGCCCUGAUGGAUACCUCGUUAGUUCCAAAUGAUCAGCGCCUUUUCUUGCCACUUCUGAUGAGCUGCCUUCCCGAGUCUGCAGUAAUGCGCAACGGACAGCUAAUCCCCUAUGAGUCUGUUGUUGCUCAGCUGAGUGGGGACACGGUGAAAACUCACUCCGCCUUGGGUGUGGACGCCACUGACGCUGACCACUUCUUUUGUGGCAGUUACUGCAAUAUGGCCGUUUUGAUGCUUCAGUUGGAACGAGACAAGUACAGCGAAGGUAUUUCCUGGUUGAGCGACUUACUGCGCCGUACCGUCUUCACAGCAGAGCGGGUACGAGUUAUUGCCUCGAAAAUGGCUAAUGACGUGGCUCGCAUCAAGCGCAAGGGAAACAAAAUGGCGUUGGCACUCAUUCGCAAUUUAGUCUUUGAUGCAAAGAGCAAUCACGCUCACUGUUCUUUGAUACGGCAGCAGCAUUUCCUCCAGAAAUUAAUUGAAGAGCUUAGCCAAACACCCGAUCGAAUUGUACGUCUGUUGACGGACUUGCGAGAUGCCAUCACAAGCCCCAAUUGCCUCACUAUCCAUAUGGCGGCCGAUAUUGGGAGUCUUCCUGAUGAUGCUAUGUCGUUGUGGAAUACUCAUAUGUUCGCAGAUUGGGAGGCCACCCAAACUGCCGACAAGGAUAACGAUGGACUGAUGAAUCUAGUAGCUGAUUACCAGCUAUUGAAGGAGGUGUCAUCAGCCAGCCCAAUGGGUGCUGCGGUGGGCCUAGGAGCGGUCGAAUCGUGCUUCCUUAUUCAGGCUGUCCGCAGCAUUGAUGAUAUCCAGCAUCCAGAUUUGGCGGCCGUAUUGGUCGCCUUGCAAUACCUCGGCCAACUAGAAGGACCUUUUUGGCGCAAUCUUCGUGCGCAAGGUCUAGUCUACGGCUAUAAUUUGAAUUUAAAAGUCAGCGAAGGACUGCUCUACUUAUCGCUGUAUCGAGCUUCCCAUCCAGUGGUGGCAUUCAAAGAGGCCCGCAGCAUACUUGAAAAUCAUGCUAGGAGUGACACAGACAAUGUCUGGGAAUUAAGCCUGCUCGAAUCAGCCAGGAGCUCACUGAUUUUUGAGUUGGUGGAGCGUGAAAAAACUGUGGGAGACGCAGUGCACCAGUCUGUUCGCUCUUAUCUCUCAGGAGCCCCGGCCGACUACAAUCGGCAACUGAUUCAUCGCGUAGCUGCCGUUACCAUGGAACAAAUGCGACGGGCUUUCCGCCUACACCUAACGGCUCUGCUAGAUACCGAUCACUGUCGCUGCUCUAUUAUUUGUCAUCCCUCGAAGCUGGACGAAUUAGUUGCAGGUAUCAGCGCAUUGGGGCAGCCAGUUCAGGGCUUCACCACGAUGGAAGAAUGCCCGUUGGGCCAAUCGUGCUAGAUUAAUCUUUACUUUACCUCUUUGAACGUCAUUUUCUAUUCGCCGUUCUCUUUCAGCCUGAGUCACCGAUUUCCUGAUUUCUGGACUUUCUUUCUUGUCUCUGUGUAAUCCAAUGAAUGAAAACGAACUUAAUAGAUUACAUUAUAUGACAGGAAAAAUUAA